AUGACUUGUCCCGGGACAGGCGCUCAAGGACCAACUAGGCAGCGUCUGCGUUUCUUUGGAGCCGAGUGUCGCUGGAGCGACUUCCUAGAAACGCCCGAGUUCAGCGCUAAGGGAGCGGAGAAGGCGCAAGACGGGGGCCAGACCAGGCGCUCGGUUCGGGGGAAUCCGGGCACUGCACGAAUGCCCCAGGCGCUGUGGAAGGUGUCCUGGUUCCCCGCUGCCAAGGGCCGCUCGGGCGCUGCAGGCCCUGCAGGUCACGAGCGCAGAACGCUGCCAGCGGCGCAAUCUCCGCCCCGCCCCCUGCCGCGGCGUUUGGCCCCUCCGCCGCGCCGUAGCCGCGCGCCGCGCAUGCGCAGCAGUGCCAACCCGCAGGACGAAUGUGGCACUGCCUCGGCAAGGAGGCGCUUCCGGGGGAGCGGCGGCCGCGCCGUCACGGGCGGUUUCCCCGCGCCCUGCCCUGACGCCGCUGUCUCCCCGCAGGACCUGAAGCGGUUCCUCUACAAGAAGCUGCCGAGUGUUGAAGGUCUUCAUGCUAUCGUUGUGUCGGACAGGGACGGUGUGCCUGUUAUCAAAGUUGCCAAUGAUAAUGCUCCGGAACAUGCACUGAGACCUGGCUUUCUAUCCACCUUUGCCCUUGCCACGGAUCAGGGCAGUAAACUAGGACUUUCAAAAAACAAAAGCAUCAUCUGUUACUACAACAUGUACCAGGUCGUGCAGUUCAACCGCUUGCCUUUGGUAGUGAGUUUCAUUGCUAGCAGCAACGCCAAUACCGGGCUAAUUGUCAGCUUGGAGAAGGAGCUCACGCCCCUCUUCGAAGAGUUGAGGCAGGUGGUUGAAGUUUCCUAACCUGAUGGCACAGCCCAA